GUUCCUUCUCCCUUUGAACUUUGGUACCAACACUUUAGGUAAUAUUUCAUCAGCAGAAGAUGUCGCAAAGCGAAGAUGAUGAGGUUGACAGUGAACCUUAUGAAGUGAUCGAGACUCCAGGAACGAGAAAUUUAGUGGAGCAAUUGAUCACUAUGGACUUAGCAGGGCGACCAGUCGUACAACAAAUUAGUAUUGGGGGAGUUUCUGGCUGGUUUGCUGGUUAUGUGUUUAAGAGGGUUGGUAAACUUACCUUGUCUGCUAUUGGAGGCGGAAUACUUCUAAUACAGGUUGCUCACAGAGCUGGAUACAUCAACAUUAACUGGAAGCGAAUGGAAAAGGAUGUUGAUAAAAUUACUACAAAGGUUAAAAAGGAAGUCAAAAAGAUAAAAAAGAAUGAGGAAGAAAUUGAAAGGGGAAUUGUUGCUCUUGCAAAUAGGGGCUAUAGAUAUGUAAAACGGAAUACAGCUGCAGCAACAGGCUUUGCUGGUGGUUUUCUUCUUGGCUUGACUUUAUAAUUAGAAGCUUGUGGCAAACACAGAAUACAACCAAGCUUGCACAUCAAACCAGCUUAUAAUUAUGUCCAUUUCAAUUGUAGUCAUUAGUUUUGUGUGUGCGUGUGUGUGAACAGUGUAUAACUUAAGUGAACCAGUAUUUUAGUUGAAGAAACUUAAGUAGAAAAUAGACAGUAAAGGUUUUGCAUUAUUAUGUAUGAUAUUGUUAAUGACUUUUUUAGAAAUUCUCCAAAAACUCUUGUCCAACUUCAGGCAGAAACUGUUGACUGGAAUGAUCAGCAUCUUAUUUCUCCCAACAAUAUAACCCCUGAAUCAAACAUUAAGGUCAUGAGAAUAAAGAAAAAAGAUUGCAAUGUCAAGAAGCUCUCAAUUAUGAAGCAAAUUCUCCUUUAAGUGCCAUAGAAAACUUAUAGAAAACAUUGUGGAGAACUUGGGAACUGAUGUUCAGGUGACAAAGGGGUAAGGAACAGUAAAGGAUUUUAAGACUUGUGCAUGUAGACCUUUUAUUUUAUUAUAUUACGAACUGUCUGAAUUAUUCAAUAAAGUUUCUGUCUUCAA